AUGACAUUCGCUACUGAAGAUCUUAGCAUCCAGCCGGGCGUUCUGCGGACACCCAAGUCUGGCUAUAAUGUUGCUCAGAAGCCCUGCGCUACGUUUCUACCCACACCGAUCUCAGAGAAGAGUAGCCGUGGUGUGCUAUCCGUACUAGACUCUAACAAGAUCUCUUGGAUGUCACCAGCGUCGACAGUAUCGACUACGUCGUCUCCGGCAGGGUUCAACGACAUGUGGGAUUUACCCGAGACGCCCACUAAGCGGACGACCAGCGCUUCUCCACGAAGUAUCCUGACGCCUUUCACGCCUCCAACACCCCCUGAUUCUUCUAAAAAGCUGCUUUUCACCCCAAUCUCCAAGCCUAUUUUCGGCGUUGGAGUGACUCCCGCGAUUCCCAAGCCCUUUUUCCAGGAAAAGGAGACAGCGGCACAGGAUGACCCUUUCCAACCGAAGUUGUUCCGAGGCGUCACGUUGGUGCUUGAAGAGAUCUCCAAGGCAAGCGUCGCAGUUGCUACCGUCAAAUACAGCAGCAACCCCACGUUCGUGUUUACGCAGAAUACCAGUGUCAGUUCACGAACACGUUCCAAGACAGCCUCCACCACACCAAUCGCUUCAGCUAUACAUACCGCUAUCCACAAAGAGACAAGCAGCAUUGGAUCGCCCCGAGGCCAUAUUCAUCCACCUGUGAAGAGCAAAUUCGCCAAGCUGCUGGAACAGCUCAUACCACACGAUCUCCAUUCGAGGCUCGCCAGCGCUCCGGGCUGCUGCGCCGCAUCCCUCGUAAAGAGCCCCUCUCAACGAUGCAGUUACUCGGCAAAGCCUCAGGAAUCGCGUCGCGAUGUUGUUAGCGCUGUUAAGGAUAUAGCGAAGUUCAAGAGACAAGAAGACUACCGCCGUAUGAUACGCCGUGUCAAGACGAUCGUGCAGUCAGUCAUGUGCAACAAGCAUCAGGGCACGGCGUUGAACGAAAUUGAAGGUGGAUCCAGGAUAUCGCAACUACGCAACAAGCUUGAAGACAGGACACUCAUGACGAACCAGGACUACUCGACUCUCACGCAAUGGGUUGACACAAUCAGCGACCUUGAAGCGUCUACAAACCGUGCUGCUGGACCUACGACCAUUGCAAUAUCAUCCAAGCCAGCUAUACAAGUCAAGCGGGUAUCAAAGCCCAAGUUCAAGGUUUCAACCACUGAGACGACUGUUCGCUUCUCCUUCUCAUGCUCAUCGGGUUUCAUACCUUAUCAACCAAAGAAAGUCCGGAAGCUCUCCGUGUUCUCUGCACUUUACGACACGGCCACCUCUCCGUUGGGUCCCAAAGACAUGGAGUCGGGCUUUGUGUACCUAUUCUGGGACAAGGCGUAUUUCGGUGUAGUGAAGAUUGGGUACACCAAUGAUCUAGCGACGCGGCUAAAGGCCUGGAAUAGAGACUGCAAGCGACAACAUGAUUAUCACUCCAGCGCAGAAAUCCAGGUUGAGAUGCCACAUAUGCAGCGCGUCGAGCAGCUCAUACACACUGAGCUGAAGGAGUGUAGACUGCGAAGACGGUGUGAAGGCUGCGGUAGGCUGCACAGAGAAUGGUUUGAAGCCAGUCAAGCGCAUGUAGUCAAGGUCAUGAAGAAGUGGCGGGAGUGGAUUCAGCAACAUCCCUACGUGAAAGACGAAGAGUCGGGUGAGUGGGUACUCAAGCCUGGGAUGCUUGCUUCUCUUGAGCAGAUGUGUGAGCCACUGCCGCAAGACGUGGUCACUCAGAAGUCUCAAAGGAAGAGUGGGGGUAUGCAACGCGGCUCACAGAAGAGGAAGAGCCCUCGCCGAACGAUGUAA